GUACGCGGGUAGAGUUAAUUAAUGUCAUAAUUUGUUCCGCCAUCUCUUGGAACUUGGAUGAUACCAAUGCAAGACGUACAUUGUACAUACGUUGAGCGUAUGGAAGAUGGCAAGGUGCAUGUCCCUGCCGACCAACACGUUACAAGUGCACCCAAAUCAAAAGCAUAUACCCGCUCUGGUUUGUCCCCGUGCGCGGCUGCACAACCGCAAGAAUCCUCAUCGAAUCUGUACGGCUCCAACUUAAGCAACUCCAAGCAGGGCUACUUAAGCACCCUCCAGCUGUAAUGCUGUAACCAGUUCAGCAGUCAGCAGCACGCGCGCCUAUCAGCUUAGCUGCUGGAGCGUUACGUUCGAUCCUCACUCGAUGGCGACGAUGCACGCACAAGGGGCGGCGGAAUGGGCGUGGUGGAUCGGCCUCCUCCUCGGCGCCGCCCCGCUGCUCGCGCUCGCCGCCUGGCACUGCAACGACGUCGGCCACUGCGCCGCCUUCGCGAUGAGGCGCUGGCGCCGUGAUCGCCGCGCGAGGCUCCCGCCGGGCCACAUGGGCCUCCCGCUCGUCGGCGAGAGCCUCGCGCUGCUCUGGUACUUCAAGCUGGCGCGCCGCCCCGACGGCUUCGUGGACGCCAAGAGGAGGCGCUACGGCGCGGGCGGCGUGUACAGGACGCACCUCUUCGGCUCGCCGACCGUCCUCGUCUGCUCCCCGGCGGCCAACAAGUUCGUCCUGCAGUCGUCGUCCCAGGACGGCACCUUCGGCGUCCGCUGGCCCGCGCCGGAGCUCGUCGGCGUCUCCAGCGUGGUCAACGUCCACGGCGGCCAGCACGCCAGGCUCCGCGGCUUCAUCCUCGCCGCCAUCAACCGCCCCGGCUCGCUCCGGACCAUCGCCGAGGUCGUCCAGCCGCGCGUCGUGGCGGCGCUGCGCUCGUGGGCGGACAAGGGCACCAUCGCCGCCGCCACCGAGAUCAAGAAAGUGACGUUCGAGAACAUAUGCAAGAUGUUCGUGAGCAUGGAUCCGUCGCCUCUCACCGACAUGAUCGACGGCUGGUUCGCCGGCUUGGUUGCCGGAUUCAGGGCGUUCCCUCUAGACCUCCCCGGAACGGCAUACCGUCACGCUCGCGCUUGCCGCAGAAAGCUAGACGCCGUGUUCAGGGAGGAGCUCCAGAGGAGGAGGAGGAGGAAGGAGACGACGCUGGAUGUCGACGGCGACUUGAUGAGCGGGCUGAUGCAGAUGGAGGACGAGCAAGGAAAGAAGCUCUGCGACGACGAGGUGGUUGACAACAUCGUCUCCCUCGUCGUCGCCGGCUACGAGUCCACCUCCAACGCCAUCAUGUGGGCGGCCUAUCACCUCGCCAAGUCGCCCCAUGCUCUUCGCAAGCUGAGAGAGGAGAAUGAGUCUAUAAGCAGAGACAAGAAUGGUGGCUUCAUUACCCUGGAUGACAUCCCCAGCAUGAAGUACACUGCCAAGGUGGUGGAAGAAACGAUCAGAGUAGCCAACAUUGCUCCAAUGGUUUAUCGCGUGGCACACAGAGAUGUCGAGUACAGAGGUUAUACCAUACCCAGAGGGUGGAGGGUUGUGGUUUGGCUGCGCUCGUUGCAUACUGACGCCAACUAUUAUGACGAUCCACUGAGCUUCAACCCCGACAGAUGGGAUAAACCACCGAAGCCAGGGACCUACCAGGUCUUUGGAGGAGGGCCCAGGAUCUGCGCUGGAAAUAUGCUGGCAAGGCUGCAGCUCACUAUCAUGCUCCAUCACCUAGCUGUUGGUUACAAAUGGGAGCUGCUCAAUCCUAAUGCUGAGGUUACAUACCUUCCACACUCAAAGCCGGUAGAUGGGGCUGCUAUGUCCUUUAGCAAAUUGAGCUCUGGUUAAAAUGCAAGACGUGCUCAGCUCUGUGCAGAUCGAGAAAGAUAAUUGAGUUGAGAGCACUGUUGCAAGCAUGCUUCAUUAGCUCAUUUGAUAAUAUUAUGUUCCUCGUGCUCUAC